AUGCGGGCCAGCCUCCUGCUGCUGCUGGCUCUGGCCGGCCUGCAUGCGGUCCAGUCGCAGCUGGUGAUUGAGGAGGCGCAGAGAAGGAUCGACAUCUCCACAUUCCGGUCGGGGCAUAAGACCAGGCUCGUGAUUAGGAACGAUGGCAGCGCCGGCGAGGAUGUGGUGGUGCUGUGCCAGGCCGCGGGCCUGCUGGACAAGGUGGCAAUCACAGAGGUGGCGCUCAGCGGCGCCAACCUGCCGUGGUCUGCGGCGCCGCCGCCGGCGGGGGUGCCCGCCGGCGUGGGCUGCCGCUCCUACAAGCUGCCAGAGGCGCUGGCGCCGGGGGCGCGCGCGACCCUGGAGGCGGAGGCGCUGUUCACUCAUGUGUUGCGCCCCGAGCCAGCCAAGAUCAGGCAGAGCGAGCCGCAGCGUGUGGUGUACCAGGACAGCGCGCUGCUGGCCAGCCCCUACCGCGUGGAGAAGCAGAGCACAGAGGUGGGCGCCCGGCUGGUGCCGCGGCUGCGCACCCGGGUCGUGACGGGCACCAGCGCCGUGCCCUCCUUCACCGACGUGCCGCCCUCCAAGAAGAGCGGCAGCUCCCUGCAGUACGGCCCCUACCAGGACACCCAGCCCUUCACGCUCAAGCCCAUCAGCGUGCACUAUGAGAACUUUGCUGCCUUUGCGCACGUGCCGGAGCUGGAGCGCGAGAUUGAGAUCAGCCACUGGGGCAACGUGUACUUUGAGGAGCGGUACCACCUGAGGCACGCGGGCGCCAAGAUCACCGGCGAGUGGUCGCGCUACGACCUCAUGACGCGGCCCAACGACUUUGCGCGGGGCGCCAUUGCCGCGGUGGGCGCCACGCUGCCGCCCACCGCCCACUCGCUCUACUACCGCGACGCCAUCGGCAACAUCUCCUCCUCGGAGGCGCGGUUUGGCCGCGAGUCAGUGGAUGUGAAGCUGACGCCGCGCUUCCCGCUGUUUGGCGGCUGGGCGUUGCAGUUCCUGUUUGGGUGGAGCAUGCCGCUGCAGGAGUGCGUGCGCAAGCUGCCCUCUGGCCGGCUGCUGUUUGAGGCGCCCAUCGGCCCCUCCGUGCACAACCUGGUGGUGGACAAGCUGACGGUCAAGGUGGUGCUGCCCGAGGGCGCGCGCGACGUGCGCCUGGUGUCCGCCUCUGGCCUGGGCCUGGCCCAGGACCCGGCCUUUGAGACCAAGUACACGUACCUGGAUGUGGUGGGGCGCCCCGUGCUGGUGCUGCGCGCGGACAACGUGGUGGACGAGAUGAACGUGCCCUUCAAGGUGGAGUACUCGUACUCGCCCAUGGGCCUCCUGCAGAAGCUGCUGCUGCUGGUGGCAGCCUUUGGCGCCCUCUUUGCCGCCGCCAUCAUGCUCAACCGCUCCGGGGCCUCGCUCAAGGCCUCCUCUAGCACGCCGGCGGUGGGCAAGCUGCACGCGAGCUGA